UUCAGGAUUAAUCUUUAGUCCGGCAGAAGGGGAAACCCCCGAAAAAGUCGAAAUGGUCAGUACAAAUAAGACAAGUUGGACACUAACGGUCAGUACCAGAACGAUUCGCUGACCAGUAAAAUGCAUAUGGGCGCGUCCACAGGACGGGAUUUCAUCUGUGUUUUCGUAUAUAUUAUAUGGACGGUGACCGGCAAUACAAGCACAAACACAACAGAAAAUAUACCACAGACUGUUUCGUGCCCGGUGCUUUGCCGCUGUGCUUUCACGCCUUCGGCAAGAUUGUCGCUUACCGUAGAUUGUUCUAACCGCUUGGUUGGUCACAUACCCAGGGAUAUACCGCUUCAAACAAACGUCCUGGAUCUACGCAACAACAAACUCUCGGAAAUACCAGCCCGAGCAUUCUGCCACCUAAAACAACUGGCGGUUCUGUUCUUAGGAAACAACAUGGUAGCAAAGUUCGAUAAGGAUAGCUUUGCAGGUUUAACCGCGCUGGAGCAUUUAGAUUUGUCCCCUCUGUAUUAUGGUAUGAAUUUCGAUUAUGAGUCGCUACCUCCGUCACUAUUCAACGAUUUAACACAACUGAGAGUUCUUAUAGUGGAGAACAUGAACACCAAAAAUCACAUCCAGAGAGAUUUUAUUGACCGUACAAUGGCGCCUUUACAUCGAUUAGAGCAACUUUCCCUUCCCUACUCACCCCAAGGUAAUUGGAUCUUAGGGCCAGGGUACAGCAAUCUCACGUCCCUAAAAACACUAACUUUUCAGGGGACGAAUUCGAUAAAUGGGACGCAACUCAAACGACUAACGUUUGAUUCGCUGAAAAACUCUCCUAUCGAACGAUUGGCUUUCAAAAUCUGCGGGAUUGGCUCUGUGGAACCUGGCACCAUGGUGUCAUUCCCACGUUUAAAAACCCUGGCUUUAGAGUGUAGCAAUUUUCACUCAGGGAAGAGCGUUGAGGAUUUUUUAUGUGAUCUUAAAACUACUUCCAUCGAAAAUCUUCUCAUCAAUGAUAUAUUCCAAAUUCGAAUGCCCCCAAAGUGGACGAUUAAAGCAAACAGUUUUGAAUGCUUGAAACAAAAACUUAUAAAGACAUUGGAAUUAACAAAUAAUAAUAUAGAUGAAUUUGACCUAAAUAAUAUGAACUAUUUCUCUCAUUUAGAAAACGCAGACCUUUCGUACAAUAGCAUUUUCCGUGCUCCUUACAAUGGAGUACAAAAAAUUAUUCCAGAAGGAGUAAUUUUUAGCCUACCAAUAUGGAACCUGAAAUACGUUAAAAUGAACAACAAUGUUAUUCAUGAUGAUAGAGUACCACCACGGUGCGCAUUGUCACAUUCUUUUUGGCACGGUCACCCUAAAAUAACGUCCCUAAAUGCUGAUUAUACCCACCAAAUUUCCAAUACAUCCAGUGAGACUAUACGCAAACCCACCGAUCGCAUGCCGUCACCAAUUAUUCGUUUGAGUGUGCCUGAAAAUUUGGAAUUUUGGUCAACAAGCUGGUUUCUGAAGUGGAACUUCGGCAGUUCCGAUUGCGACACUGAAACGGGAAGCAUUGUCAUUGGUCCAAAUAAGCUACGCUACAUGAUAUUAGUUGACAUUGGGUUCAAAAUUUUAUGUCAAGAGAUCUAUGGACUGGACCGCCUGGAAUAUUUAGACCUAUCGCAAAAUGGCUUGCACUUUCCUCCAAAGAAUUUUUUCAAUCAUUUUCCAUCACUGACAUAUUUGAAUCUAAGCAAUAACGAUUUGGGGUCUUUAAUUUCGAACGGGGGACUGUCUUCCUUUAAAACUCCAUAUUUAGAAACCCUAGAUUUAUCACGAAACAAAAUCAGAACGAUCCCAAAGGAAUUCUUUGCUUCUCUCGUUGCCCUGAAGAAGCUGAAACUGAGCGGAAAUCGUCUUGCAACAGUGUCCUUUAGCCUGAUAAACCUGGUUUCCGUGGAAUACAUAGAUCUUAGUGUCAACCAACUGAGCGCUUUCUCGUCCAAGGAACUGGACUUAAUCGGAUAUUUUAACUCCAGCUCUGAAGUCGUUAUGAACAUGCGCAACAAUCCGGUCACGUGCCUAGGUUGCGAUGGGGCAGAAUUCUUCAGGUGGAUUACCGACUCGAACGUGACAGUAANAGCCUUUAAAAUAUUCAUGUAA